CAUUUCUCACCAGCAAGCUUAAAGCAUAUAUUUCUCCCACACUCACCUAACCCAAAAUCCCGAUACAUUUUCUUCUUUGUUUCUUGCGGUUUUACUUGGAAAAUGCAUUGCCAGACAGGGUCAUGGGGAUCUUACGUGCCAACGUCCACCAGGAGCGUUGGGGACCCGCUGGAGAGGAUAGAGAGGUUGGCUUCAGAGAAUGCGGUGGUUAUCUUCAGUAUAAGCACCUGCUGCAUGUGCCAUGCCAUCAAGAGGCUGUUCUGCGGCAUGGGAGUCAACCCGACUGUGUACGAGCUCGAUGAAGAUCCCAGAGGGAAAGACAUGGAGAGGGCUUUGAUGAGGCUUCUCAGAAGCUCUUCUGCUGUUCCUGUUGUGUUUAUUGGUGGGAAACUUGUGGGUGCUAUGGAUAGAGUCAUGGCUUCCCAUAUCAAUGGCACUCUUGUUCCUCUUCUCAAAGAAGCUGGAGCUCUCUGGCUCUGAUUAUCUCUCUCUCUCUCUCUCUCUCUCUCUCUCUCUCUCAUGACUGUUUAAAGAAAACCCAAAAAAAAAAAACAAGAAAGAGAAAAAAAAUUACUGGUAUAGAAAAGGAAGGCAGAGGAAGAGGAGUGGUGGUUUGGGAGUCUCCUCCAUUUUGGUUACAGCAAUGACUGAUAUGGCUUAGAUUCUACUUUUCUUUCUUCUUUUUCUUCUUCUUGUUGAUGUUUCUACUAGUGGGUCUUUGUUGGUUUGCUCUGUGUUCUUGUUCUCAAGAGAGAAAUGUAAUGGCUCCCUCCUCUGUACAAAUGAAAGGCAAAAAAAAAAAAAAAUAGU